AUGGAGGCCAGAGCGCAGAGGACAGCUGACGUCUUCAGAAAUGCCUUUGGGCCGUUGACCUACCAAGGCCCGAACCUCAUCGACUUUGCACAGAAUCAGAUCCGGGAGUCCUAUUUGACUGAAAGCCAAGUACAGCAAACGCAGCGCACUGUACCCGCUGUGGUGCCGGAGGGCGUCUGGCGUGAGCCGACCUACGCGCCGGUGAUGGCGGUGCCGCGGCCGGCGCCGUGCUUCGCCAAGAGCCCGAGCAGCUCCGUGGUGGAGCGACCCAUCACCCGCGAGGAGCUGGAAAGCAGAGGCAACUUUCUUGAAGAAGGGGCGCAGCUCAUCCAGCCGGGAAACUGGUCUUCAUCCGGAGCUGCGCGGGUGACUUACAGGAAUAUGGUCCCCGUGAAGGUGGAGGACCUGCUGGAGAUGCCGAGGCGUGAGCGGCCGCAGCUCUCUGGCCUGGUAGCUCAAGGUUCGCAUUCGCGUACUGCAAGGAAGCACGUGGGGACAUUCUGA